GUUUUACGUGGCCGGAGAGAUACCCCGCGACUGCCCCGCCAUAAAUUCAAUCAGAAAAUACCUAGGUACAGAAGGUUGAAUAGGUACAUGUACCUCCUAUCUAUAUGUUCCAGGCGGGGUUAGGUACCUAUUCGCAUAUAGUCGGCAUUUAAGACCAUUGAGAUCAAACAUCACGUUUGAAGUCAAAAUCUCCAUAAGAGAUUUGGUUACUACACUUUAAACGAACUACAUACAAUAGCAUUUCUUCAAUAUCAUAAUCAAACACGAUGGCGCCUCGCACAGACUUCCCACCCAUAAGAGCCUGCCUCUUCGACAUGGACGGUUUGCUUCUUGAUACCGAAGAUCUUUAUACACUCUGCAUAAACCUCAUCCUCGAAAAGUACGGCAAAAGUACGCUGCCGUGGUCUAUCAAGGCUAGAUUACAAGGCCGACCGGGUCCUGAAGCAAAUGCCCUCUUUCAUGAAUGGGCCCAGCUGCCCAUCGAAGAGUCCGACUACCUCGCCCAGCUUACUGCUUUGCAGCAGCAACACUUUCCCACCGCAAAGCCUUUACCAGGUGUAGAAAAAUUGCUUGGAGACUUGGGGAGGACACGCUGGUGGGACAUAAAGGAUCAAGAAGGCGUCAGGAACGGGGAUAAAGGAGAGAGCGGUAGAAAGAAACAGCAAAGAGUCCAUAUUGCGCUAGCGACAAGCAGCACUACUUCCAAUUUCACAGUCAAAACUUCCAAGUGGACCGAAUUGUUUUCUGUAUUCGAAUCCCAUCGAAGGGUGCUAGGCGACGACAAACGCAUCCAGCCCGGCCGCGGAAAACCCCUCCCGGAUAUCUACCUCCUUGCACUAAAGACUAUCAAUGAUAGCCUCGGGGCUGGAGAAAACCCAAUUACACCUGAAGAAUGUCUCGUUUUUGAGGACAGCGUCCCAGGAGUCGAAGCCGGAAGACGAGCAGGCAUGAGAGUAGUAUGGUGCCCUCACCCAAUGCUGAAGAAGGAAUACGAAGGCCGAGAACCAGAGAUCCUAGCUGGACGUAUGGGUGAGGCGGGCGAUGUUGAUGUGCACCAAUUAGGAGAAAUUGGCGACGGAUGGGCCGACUACUACACCGACCUGACUAACUUCCCAUAUGAAAAAUAUGGAAUAGUAGUUCCGCCUGCUGAGGCAGAACUAGAUGCGGCUAUGAAAGAGGAUACUAAGGACGAACUAGUUACCCAGGACGCCAAAACUGCGACAGCAUAAGAAUUAGAAGGCGGACGUAUAUAUAGAAUACAUGUUGGGAUCGACGAUCUAAGACCAUGUAAAACGAUGGGAACGAAUAUACCAUCAUCACCCCUAGGUCAUUGCUUAGUCCAC